AUGCGUGUGUUUAAGAAUAUACAAGAUGAAAAUGAUAUAGUUGUUCGAAACAAGGCAAGGUUGGUUGCUCAAGGGUACAACCAAGAAAAAGGGAUCGACUUUGAUGAAACAUUUUCUUCAAUAGCAAGGUUAGAAGCAAUCCAUUUAUUACUUGCUUAUGCUUGCUCUACGGACUUUGAAUUACUUCAAAUAGAUGUCAAGAGUGCUUUCCUGAAUGGCUACAUCGAUGAGGAGGUCUAUGUCAAACAAGCACCCGACUUGGAAGACUUCAAGAAUCCUUCACAUGUCUUCAAAUUAAAGAAAACCCUUUAUGAUUUGAAACAAGCUCCAAGAACUUGGUAUGAUAGGCUAAGUAACUUUCUAUGUGAACGAGUAUUUGAAAAAGAUUACUCCCAACUCAAAAUCAAUGCCCCAAAUCCCCAAAUUUUUCCCAACAGCCGAAAAUCUCCAUCUUCUUUAAUCUCUGCCAUGGAUGCACGUAAAAGAGGUUCUCGAACCAAGCAUGCUUCAAGUGAGCAACUUCAGGCUUAUUUCCAGAAAGGUGAUCUGAGACAGUCAUCUACGGCUGCCCAUGAUGAAGAAGCAGAAGAAACGACGUCGGACGAUGAUCACAUUUCAAAUCGUAUGGUGAUAAACAAGUUCAACUCUCUUCAAACCUUCAUCACUGGACAAUUUCAAUCUUUGGGCACAUCCAUUAACAUAUUCCAAAACUUUGAGACAAUCCUUGCCCAGAACCAUGAGCUUAUGUUGAAUGAACUCAAUGGCCUAAUCCUCAAAAUUGACCAACUUCAUGACCCUAAGGAUGAUAACCUGUAG